AGCAUCGAGAACCGACGAACGAAGUUGUACUUAUUCGCCCUUGACAAGGAAUGAGUAAGACACAACUCGCUGGUUCUGUAAGAACGACAGGCGGAAAAAAUAAUAAGGCUUCAAGCAAAGAAUCGUCGAUCAUGAAAGCGGUGCUUGUUGCGACCGCGUCCUGCGCGCUGGUGUCUCGACUCGGAGUUCCAGUAACCGCAACCGCCACCACCCCCAAAUACACCACGGACCCGGGCGGCGUGGAGUUCCAGCACGAUGGGUACACGCGGACGCGCGUCCCGCGGCAGAAGUGGAACGACGACAGCGAGGCGCCCAGGGUGCUAUACCGCUUUCCCAAAGCAGUCGAACAGCAGGGUAUGCGCUUGUCGCCGGAUAAACAGUGGAUUUUCAUUCCGCACGUCGAUAACCCGGACGAGAUUCUGCACUUUCACUUUCUUUCCACCGGGCAGCUCUGGGGAGAAGGGACGAAGAAAGGCACGCAGGCCGGUUAUGCAUACGGCGCUCUCACUCCCGGUACAAGAGAGGGGUGAUGAAUAAGAACGAUGAGUUUUUUUUCGGCAUGACAUGAUCGCAUAUGCUUUUGUUUUGCUGACGUGGUCGAACUCGAACUACAGAAACUACAACGCGCGCACAACGCAGGUAACUCGAGCCUCUUGCUGGAUACCAAUGUCGCGCAGUUUAGUUUUCAGGAGCGGGUUGUCUAUGAAGAUAAUGCGCCGCCAUUGAAGCCCGAAUUCAAUCCCGUGCUCAUUGCGAACCAGACUUGGAGUGAACCAACUCUGCGUCGCCAGUCCAUCGAUCCAAGCGUGCGGGAUGACCGUAUAGCAUUUUUCAGACUUCUUGCCCUGAUCUGUUCGAACAGUUUUGUUUUUUGAAUAAGUAAGUUGUGCGCUUUUUCGAAUGGGAGGAGAUUUUCGUAAAAGUAUGCGUCGAGAAAAAUUUUGAAAAGGACGCAAACCCGUAUCAAUUUCGAUACAUGUAUACAACAGAAAUCUUCGCCACGUGGCGUUUUACUUUUGCAAGCGCGAGUACCAUGAACCGCUACCACGCCAUGAACAACCCGGGUUUGGUGGACCGACUGCGUGCGCAUGCCGGUAGCGACCAGGCUGCUCCGGCGGCUCAGAUGGAGCAAAAGGUGGCGUACCAGGCUCCGCUUUUUACCACGAUGGGAGACGAACUGGACAGGAUCGACCUGUCCCAAACGCCCUCCAAACUUCUGAAGUCCAGCGGAGUGUGUCACCACUUUUCUCGCCACAUUGACUUUCUCUCGGACGACGUGGAAGCUACCAAGCUUCCGGGAGGCUCGACGACGCGCAAGGGAUCCUGGAUCAAACUGGACCACUUGUUCGUCGCUCGCCGCGCUGACGCCAUGGCCGCACCGCUGGCGGGGGUGGAGUACCGCGUGGGUACCAACCUGUUCAAAUAUGACGAAACGCACGACACGUUGAUGCUGCUGAACGUCUUCCACGGCAUAUUGUGGACGCAGUUCACGCCGCCAGCCUACACGGACUCGCCCGCGCUGCCCCUGGGCCAACGCGUGGAGGUUGCGCCCUACGCACACUACCGGGAGUUCCCCAUUAAUGGGUACGCUGACCACGCGCCCGACACCCGUGUGACUAACAACAACAUGUGGCAGUCGGAGGUCGCCAAGUACUGGUACCAGAAGAUGUGGACGUACCCGCAGGACUUCACCUACUUCUGGCCCGAGAAUGCUAACGCGGAAGACCUGAGCGCGCGCCGGUGCUCCGAAGAGUACCUGCAAGAGGAGGUUUUGGAAGAAAUGGAGGACUGGAACUGGCCGAGCCUGUCGAAGCGCGUGCGCGCCCCGGACGUGAACGUGAUCACUUCGGAAAUCCCGACGUCCGUUUCGCAGGAUCGGCAGACCGUGGUGCGGCUUGCGCGCAAAGCCUCGAACUGCUUCCUGACCAGUGCCGGGCCGGAGGUCAAGCACGCGAUCGGGUUCUCCAUUGCCAGCGGCAUCGCGCUUUUCCACAUCAUGGACGAACUGGCCAGCACCUACAAAUCGCGCCGUGUCGUGCACUCCCCGAUGUUUCUUCAGCGCGUGAAGUGGCAGCAAAACUUCGCGACAAAACCGUUCGAACCCAACAAGAUUCCCGAGCUUGCGGGCAUUGAAGCUGCAGCGAAAGCGUUGAAGCAAAAGGAGCCGCACCUCAGCUACGGACACAUGGAGCACGACCACGAACCGAACAUGCUGCCGCAGCUGGCUCCCCUGGAAUUCAAACCGCUGGAGCCGGCGCCGCUGCAGAUCGGAGACACCAGCAAGGACACCCGGAACUGCAUCAUUUUCUCUGAUGAGCAGCUGGCCAACUUGCGAUUGGCCGCGGAAGGGAAGCUUUUUCCGUCGACACGAAGCGUCUACGCGGACCGAGAAAUCGACGAGCUUCUCCGCUCCCCCCUGCAGCUGCGGAACAAUGCGGCGAAACUGAAUCAGCCGCCCGCGACCUCGGCGGCCUCGCUGACCGCGAGGUGGACCGGGGCGACCUUUUCGCCUGCGGAAGAGGCUGCGUUGCGCGUCGCGGACGACAUGCUGCGCGAGGGCACAUCGGACGUGAACAAGCUGCAGGCGCACUCGCAGGACGGGCGUGUGUGGCGCGAAACGGUCAUCUACGAGGACUGGAAGUACCGCCGCACCGCGACGGACCAGCGCCCCCGAGUGCUCAUGUACGAAAAGGAAGUCGAGGACGCGUACUAUCCUUGCUCCGUCGUACGGAAAAACCACCUGGAAACUGUGCCCAACACCUGGGUGCAGAACUCGAUUAGCCUGGAGACCGGCGUGGUGGGACAUCUGGCGCACAAAAUUGCCGCGGCGCCGACGGCGAGAGCGCAACUGGAGGCGUCCAUUUGCUCCACGGUGCAAACACAGUGCGGCGUCGCCACCUCUCACCAGCAAUACGCGUCAGAUGCGGCGUGCCGGGCCGCCUUGGCUGCGCUGCCACUCGAGGAUACCAGUUGUCGGCCGCAGGAAGCGCACCUGAGCGGAAACAACAACACCGUGAAGGGAAAUUCGUUGGCGUGCAAGUGGGUGCAAAGCAUUUUCGUUUCGUUCUCGCCCACCGACUACUGCCCCAGUCUGGGGUCCUCGCCGCCGGCAAGCGACCGCUGCGCGACCUCGUGCGGCGCAGUGAGCCAACAGCAGCAGCAGCAGCAGAUUGCUGCCGCCACCGCUACCUGCGACGCAAAUACGAAAACAGAGAUCAUUGCUUCCACUCUCGAUGCUCUGCCACUCUGCCUGCCUUCUCUGGUGGGAAGCACGCAGUGCUCGCAGAAUUGCACGCAGGCACUGAACACGUUCCUCGGAAUUCACGUGCAGAGCGGUGCAAUGCAGAAGUGCAAAUCGGAUCCUCUGGGGAUCUCGGAAACCGACGGGAGCGGAUCUCUUUUGCUGCAUCUGCUGCAGGUGAACGCGCGGACGCUGAUCCGGCGCUGCGUGCGCAACGAGGGUCGCGCCCAGGGCAGCAGCGAGGACAAUGCCGCGGAGGGCGAUGCGCACCUACUGUUCGCUGCAGAGGCGGCUGCGCCUGCAAACGGCAUCAUUGCCGAUGGUGCGUUGGAUCGACCCGAUGCCAGUCUGGGUUGCAUGGACCCGCGGUUAUACCUCUCGGAGGUCGGUUGCCGAUCGCUGCGCUGGCCCGAGAUCGCCCAGCGCAUGAUGCGGGAGUGGAGCGGCGUCAACAUCGACCACCGGGGCGAUCGACGCACGACGAAGGAUGCCAUCGGGUGGCGCGAAAGCAGGCUGUUCGACCUGUUUCUGCAACCCUACUUCAACUUUCGCACCACAGCGCAAACAAAGGCGCAACUGCUGAAGAAGAGCGAGCGUGUUCAUCCGACUCUAAGCAGCCCGAGCUCCGCGGAGCUGUUUGAUUUGGGGGAUAUCAACCUGGGUCCGCACAGGUACGAGGGCUUCGAGCAAAGUUACGAGACGCCGAUCGGACGGCAGGUGUCGGGAGAUAAGAUUGCAGUCGCGAAUCUGUUUCAGUUCGCUUGGUGGGAUCGAAUUCCGCAUUUAACCCAAUUCUUUUCGGGCUCCUACACGACCUUCAGCAAAGAGUACAACGCAACGCGGGAACUCACUCUCCGCUCCGGGGCGCCGAUCGUGUCGCAAGACCCGCCUGCACUUUCGCCCCGGUCGGACUUGUACGGCGACGACUUGUGGGAAGAUCUGAUUCAGUAUAUGUCCAUGCACAUGCUGAGUGUUCCGACCAGCGUUCCCUUCAGCGCCAGUGACGAGGACAACAUUCUCGGGUUAGCGAAAGUGGCGCCUGCCGUGACGUUGCCGGAGCACUGGCAUCGUUCGCAGGGGUAUUCAUUUGGAGCCGCGUUCGCUGCCGCGACGCCGCCAGUCCAGCAGCUAUUGAAGCGCACCCGCGCGUCGAUCUCGUACGAUUCGCAAGCAGCAAUCAUCGAACAGCUGAAAGCGGACUUGCCGUACGCACUACCGACUUCGCACUUCGCAGCCCCGACAAAUACGGAUAUGCCUCUAGUCAAGCAACAGGCCAGCAAGGCCAUGAUGCUCGGCGGAAUGCUCACCGGUGUCGGCGUGCCGGCGCAGGCCAAGCCGCUCAUUCAGUUCCUGCGAGAAAACUGGUGCGAGCUGGGUGCGCCCUGGUUGGAAAAGUCCUACGGCUUCGGCGCGGCGCAUUUUAAGGGGAGCAAGAAAGCAAAGAUUCUUCUGGAGUUUAUCCGCCUCUACAGCACGUUGCAGCCAGUUGCUAACAUCGAAGCGGAUCCGCGUAACCCGGGCCAGACGCGGGUGGUGCGGUACGACGUUCCUGCACACCACCUGCGGGAAGACCUAUUCGCGAACGCAGACGAGUUUGACUUUGAGCGCGAGAACCUGGGUAAAGUGUACAACUUUGGCAUGUUCGAAGAACACACGGGGGCCGCGCCGGUGCUAAAGCAGGUUACAACGGGCACUGCCACAGCCGAAGUUGCGCAAGAAGAUUUGUUAUUGGUGGAGCCGCGCGUGCAAACGGAAUCGGAGCGCUUCAUGCGCGCUCAGCGAAAGUGCCCCGGCCGUAACGUCGCGUGGCGGUGGUUUCUGAAAAACGUCGACAAGUACCUGCCGACGGCGCCGGUUGGCCCGGGGCCAUACCAGUGCAAGGCCGGAAACCCGAACUUCGUGCACCACGGCGUUGAUCUGCUUCGCCAACUGGUUUCAGUGCGGUCCCGGGACGACAAAAUCUGGAACAUUGAGACAUUCGUGCACGGCAAGGCGGUGCAGAACAACCUUCCCGUGGGACAGUCGUGGACCAAAUUCAACACCGACGGCGAGGACACGGAUUCAACCCUGUUCAUUUUUCUGAACGGGUUUCCGCACGCGCCGCAGUCCUGGACAAGAGUGCUCAAGCACCUGCACGAGAAGCGCCCUGGCUCCACGUCCGCGUUAGUCAACCUGCCCGGUUGGGGAAAGGACGCAACGAGGCUAGUCGAUACGCCCGGAGCGGAUUGCGCUUUCCUCGGGGCCUCCAGCGACAUUUUGCGGGACUUGAUUCUCGACAUCAAGAAGCGGUCGGGCGGGGAAGAGACGUGGGCGCGCGUCUUCUUAGUUGGUGACUCGACGCCCCUGGGUUCCGGUCUUGCGUGGGCGACUGCGCACAAGCUGAACGCGUAUGAGCAGGAGGACAGCAUCGUUGGUCUGGUUUCCUUCACCCCACACCCGGAGCUGAUGCUCAAGCCCGCGUUUGGGGCGGCUGACCCGCGUCAAUUUCCUUUCUACUCUCUUUUAUCGCCUGUUCUCGGCGAAAGCGCACUCGGCAUGAAAGACUUUGCCCCCUUGCAGAAGCAGAUUCAAGAUGACUUUACCGACGGCACCUUCAACGACGAAACCGCGAUGAUGGCCGAGUAUCUCAAGUUCUGGAAAAACACGGGUGUGCGAUCACUUACGUGCUACUUCCGUGACAACUUCGAAGUGAAAGACGACCGGAUGCACGCGGUAUAAUUUUUAGCAUUUUAUUUUAGUUACUUUUACUCUACAGUCCGCUAAAGGGCACACUGCAGACAUCAUCAUCAUCUACACAUCAUAUUACAUGUCACUGUUGAGCAUAUGGAAACCCUUACGACGUCGAUCGAUCUUUGAGAAGUCUAUCGCGUUCGAUCAUGGCAAGUACAAAAUUUCCUGUGAGGAAAAAACAAUAUUUUAUCACAGACGAACAAUUGGUUCGGCGACCUCCACCCCAAGCACCCGCACAUCUUGCUCGUGAACGCGGAGCGGGAGCUUUCGUAUCGCAAAGAGCAGUGGCUCGGCUCUUUCACCAUGAUUCCGCGCGAGCUCGCACGACAAAUGCGGCUGCACACAGUGUCGGACGCCAGCGGCCAGAAUCUGCUCUUCAGCGACGAGCAUGCAGAAGAAGUUGCAAGCGAAAUUUCCGAUUUCGCCUGGGGCGUGCGCAUGACGAAUUACCCGUGGCUGCUGAGUGCGUGGAAGAUUGUGGUCGUGCCGCCGGUGCUGACGGGCGGGCUUGCGUACGACGCGAAGAAGAACAUUGCCCUUGGGUUUGGACUGAUCGCCGCGGGACUCUCUGUGUUCGGCGGGUUGUUCCUGGAGCUGAAGUUGGGAGCCAUGCUUAUUCGCAUGAAAAAUAAAGAAGUUUUCUGGCGGUUCGGUCAAGUGGCCAUGGUUCCGCUCUGUCUGGCCUGCAUGGCGUCGGCCUCCUGGUUGGGGUUACCUCUCUGGUUCGCGGCGCUGUUCAAGUUCGGGUUCCCCGAGGUGACCACGUUGUUGCUGGCCCCGUGGCUGAUGCACGGCAAGGAGCAUUGGGUCGACGUGUAUGCGCGUUUCUUUGACGGUAUCGGGUACCUAGUCCACCACACCGCAAGUUCCAUUAUUUACGCCGCAAUUCUCUCACACAUGGUAUCACCGCUGCUAUUCACCGCCGCCAUCCCGCUGUCCCUGCAGCACGCGGUUUCGCCGAUGAAGUACUGUGGGCAUCAUGGCGAGAGCGCGUACGGAUUCGUCAUUACGCUGUUAGAGCUGUGGUACCAGUUCGAGUUCUUCCACAUCCUGCCGCACCUGCGCCACUGGGUGCCCAUCAUGGGGAUGUGCAUGCUCACCUUCGCGCACUGGUGGUGGCUGGCCCGACAGCUGGCCUGGAUUCCGUUGGCCUUUUUCUGUGGCGAAAAGGAACAAGAAGAGGAGGAGGUUGUCGACGAAAAGGGGCUAUGCAUUGCAAAUACCGAUCUGGGUCUGGAAAAAGAAACUUGUGAUGCUGAACUGUGCAUGUUGUUGAAACACUUCUACGUGCAGAGCCAAGCAUGACCGUUUAUUCAUCUGUUCGGAAAAAUGCGCAUUGCAAACUUGCAUGACAAACAAAACUUUCUUCACCUUUGCUGGUCAACAACAAGCUAGACGGUUUUAUUUGCAAGAAUUAUUAGUGAGAAGAAGCAUCAGAGGUUCCACAUCUUUUGUCUUGAGACCCAAAUCGGUAUUUGCAAUGCAUAGGGGAACCGGACUUCUCAGGCUGUGAAAGGUGGCAAGACCACGAUGAAGCCGCGGCGCGCCUCCGUGUUCAUGGAUGAGGACCCGAACGAGAUGCAAAGGCCAGCGAGCCAAAUCUCAUAUGCUACUUCCCCGAAGAUCUCCGGCGUCUCUGCCAUGUCCGAGCCAGAGCAUGAGGAGACGUCGCUGAAGAGCCGCGUCAUGAAGUUUAUUCCGGGCGGCUGGAAGAAGAAGAGCAACAAACUCUCCGACGAGGAGCUGGCCGAGCAGCGACAAAGCGAGCUGUUGCGCAAUCCCGACUCGGUUUUGCUGAAGAUGAUGGACGGCGAGGGGCUUUCCGACGAUGACGACGACACGAGCGAGACCAAGGAAAGCAGUGACAAGAAGAACGCUGCACUGCCGACCAGGGGAGCGGAGAUCGUGUAA